UUGGGCGCCGCGGGAGGUUUCUACGGAGACAGCGGCGGGUCGAGGGAGGCAGUCAAGAUGGCGGCGAGCGGAGGCGGUUCCUGUCCGUCUGGUCCCGGGAGCAGCAGUAGCAGCAACGGCGCCGCCGCCGGAAUGGAGGUGGACGCGGCCGCGGGGCCGGCGGUGAUGGCGUCUGGCGUGACCGGGAGCGUGUCGGUGGCGUUGCACCCGCUGGUCAUCCUCAACAUCAGCGACCACUGGAUCCGGAUGCGCUCCCAGGAGGGACGCCCCGUCCAAGUGAUCGGGGCCCUGAUCGGGCGACAGGAGGGCCGCAACAUCGAGGUGAUGAACUCCUUUGAGCUGCUUUCUCACACCGUCGAGGAGAACGUGGUCAUCGACAAGGAGUACUACUACACCAAGGAGGAGCAGUUCAAGCAGGUCUUCAAGGACCUGGAGUUCCUGGGCUGGUACACAACCGGCGGCCCCCCGGACCAGUCGGACAUCCAUGUCCACAAGCAGGUCUGUGAGAUCAUUGAGAGCCCCCUCUUCCUGAAGCUGAACCCCAUGACCAAGCACACCGACCUGCCGGUCAGUGUCUUUGAGUCGGUGAUUGACAUCAUCAACGGAGAGGCCACCAUGUUGUUUGCAGAGCUGACGUACACACUGGCCACGGAGGAAGCGGAACGCAUUGGAGUGGACCAUGUGGCGCGCAUGACGGCCACAGGCAGUGGGGAGAACUCCACAGUGGCCGAGCACCUCAUUGCCCAGCACAGCGCCAUCAAGAUGCUCCACAGUCGUGUCAAGCUCAUUUUGGAGUAUGUGAAGGCCUCAGAAGCAGGAGAGGUGCCCUUUAACCAUGAGAUCUUGCGCGAGGCCUAUGCGCUCUGCCACUGCCUGCCUGUGCUGAGCACUGACAAAUUCAAGACGGAUUUCUACGAUCAAUGCAACGACGUUGGCCUGAUGACCUACCUGGGCACCAUCACCAAGACCUGCAACACCAUGAACCAGUUUGUGAACAAGUUUAACAUCCUCUAUGACCGGCAAGGCAUCGGCCGCCGAAUGCGGGGGCUCUUCUUCUGAAGCCGUGGGGCAACCCCCAAUAAAGCAGCCGUGCUGCUUCCAGAUGA